UGAGCAUGCGCAGUAGGAUGUAAACGCUAAGCUGGAAAAAUGACAGGCAUGAAGGCAUGAGUAAUGGAACAAACAUCUUUUUUUACGAUAACUUCUUCAUAAGGCUUCAUUUCAGAUAACCAAGAUUGUCUGUGGUUCUAAUGUGUGUAUCCGUCCCGAGUCUGAGGUUUGAAUAUAAUGGACACAGUCCUGAGCAGGCUGCAAACCCUGACCCCAGAUGAGCUGCGGGAGGAGAUCACAAGGGCAGGAUUGAAGUGUGGACCCAUAACUGCGACCACAAGGGGCAUCUUUGAGAAGAAACUUGCCCGAACUCUUUUGGGGGAUCAGCCCGGAGAGUGCAGUAGGUCAGAGGUGGACAGUGGAGGACCCAGUAGUUCUUUGGACAAGACUCCACCAGCAAAUUCAGAUGUGCUGAGGUUGGACACGAGUCCUUCACAUGUUUCUAAAGAUGCUCCCCAACAGGCAUCUCCUGAAUCUCCCUCUUUAUUUUAUGGGGUUUUGCCUCCUCUAGAUGGUCCAUUGCAUGACAAUGGUUUGAUCCAUGUUUAUGAUGACAAGCAGAAAGCACUAAAAGCAGUGAUGACGAUGAAAGGUGCAAGAUUUAAAGCUUUCUAUAACAGAAAUGAUGCUGAGAGCUUUGCUAAGGGCUUGUGUGAUGGUGCUGUGACACCCAGCAAGAAUUCAUCAGACAAACAACAUGCUACAGUGACAGAGAAAUCACCAACCCUGGAAACAACAUAUUUGGAGAAGGCUAAUGAAUUCAGAAGUCCACGCAUACAAGAUCUGACAACGAAGCUUAGAAGAGCUGUGGAAGGAGGAGAUGAAGAAGCUUUUAAAAAGCUUGUUUGGGACAACCCAAGAUUCCUUAUUGGAUCUGGAGACAAUCCAACUAUAGUGCAGGAAGGUUGCAGAUACAACGUCUUGCAUAUAGCAGCAAAAGAGAACCAAGCAGAGAUGGCACACCUCAUAUUGGAGACCCUACAAAAUCCCGAGUUCAUGCGUCUCAUGUAUCCUGAUGAUCAGGAAGACAUGCUCUGGCAACGAAUCAGCUACAUUGUGGACCUGUACCUCAACACACCUGAUAAAGGAAGCAAUGAAACACCGCUUCACUUUGCUUGUAAGUUUGGAUGCCCAGAGGUAGUGAACGUUCUUUGUUCACAUCCAGACAUUGAGAAAAACUGCAGGAACAAGUAUGGACAGAUGCCACUUAGUGUGAUCUGUGAAAGGAAAAACAAAAAUAGAGAAACUAAAGAAAAGAUUCAAGAAUAUUUGGAGGAUCGUUUUUUUGUGCCCUUACUGAGAGCCACUGAUAACACUCUUAACCCAGUGAUCGGUGCACCCUGGGCCCCUGGCGCCUCAAAAUAUCGGGAUAUCUCCGUAAUCCCUGGGCAAAUAGAGGAUCCUAAAAACCCAGUGAUGACUAUCAGGGCAUUCGUGGGCCCUCUGAAUUUAUCAAAGGCAGAAGAGUUUCACAAGCUGUGGAAAACACCGCCUCGUGAUAGAGCAAUAUACUUUCAUCACAUUUUAAAAUCGGAUCCUGAUCGAGGAGCAGAGAGAGUAGGAAGGGAAUUAGCGCAUGAGAUGGGGUUCCCCUGGGCUGAAUACUGGGACUUCCUGAAUUGCUUUACUGACCUCUCCACAGAGGACGGCUUGAGCAUGUUGGAGGAUUACUUGAACAAAUCCAUCCAGCUAAAGAAAGAUACGGAGAAGAGCUUUUUACAUUUGAAAAGUCCCGCUUCACCCACUGCUCAUAAAAAGUCAUCUAAAAUCAACACGCUGCUCGAUGAUCAUCUGCCUCCUGGGACGCCAGCAGAUCAAAACAGCUGGACCGAAGGAAACAGCUCUGCCUCUUCCAGUAACAGGUUUCCAGUGUGCGACCUCAGGAAUGAAUUUGAGAGGGUUGCUUUGGAACGGUCAUCUGGUGCUGAGGAUACGGCAGAUUCGGGUUUAGGUUGUCUCACUGUGUCUGAUUCUGAUGGAUCAGUUGGAAGCUCUUUAGGAGCAUGGGAUUGGACAGAGAGUGAGGAGGACAACUCUAGCUCAGAGGAGUAUCUCACAGCGGAUGAGGACACAGACACUGACUGCCAGCCCGACAGCAGUAGAGGACCGCAUACACAAGCACGGGAGUGUCUGGACCAUACUGGUCCCUGGAGCUGUGAAGACGAAGAAAAUCUGAGCCGUUCUGUGUCUUCCUGCUCCUCUUAUAAAUCCACACACAGUACUCCUGAAGAUCUCGAGGAAUUUCAGCCACAGGUUUUUCUCGCCAAUGAAUCUCCCAGUAAGCUGGACAGUGAGGUGUUGUUAGCAGUGACUGGAACUGACAUCGAUGAGCAACGUUUUCCCCAUAUUAGCAGAUGGAGGAACGUUGUGUGCUCUUAUCCUGAGUCUCAGAGACACCGAUGGCCGAGUGUUACGGUGAUGAUCAGUCACACAGAGAGUCAGACGUCCACUCCUCGCAGACUUACACACAGCUGGCUAACGGGCUCGCCCAGCUUCCUCAGCAUGAGCAAGUUGAUCCCUGCUUCGUGUGUGUAUAACAGCUCACCGAACAAACACUAAACAUGCACUUAAACACUUAUUCUCUAGCGCACUUUGUUUUGCUUUUGCAAGUCGUAUCCAGUUAUUUAAUCACACAUCCAGUUAUUUUAUAACACAGUUAUAAAAUCUCUUUUGAGUAUUUGUUUAGCUCAAUUAAAAUAUUUUUUCCCUUUUGAAAGUGCUCUUGGCAUUUCUCCCACACUUCUCUAGCAUCCGACAUCUACCAACUAGACACGUAGACUAACACAUGCUUUCAUCAAGGCACAUAAAAACCAACUAACCAUAUCUGCUUCAAAGGGCUCUUCGGUAUGCAUGAGUUCACAGAUGCCCACGAUUGGCUAGUGUCGCAUGAUUGACAGGGGAGAUACCGCCAAUUUUACCCCAAACUCCAGAAAACCAAUUAGGAUAUAUAAGCAAAUUCUUCAGAAAAUUGUUGGUUAUAUUGAGAUGCAAAAAAUAUGAAUUAAGUGUUUGUAUAAAGGGUACAUUUUGUUAUACGUUGAUCACUAGAAAACAAAAAUAUCUUGAUGGAACGCUAAUUACAACCUCAGCUGAGCAAAUAUACGAUUUUUUGAGUUCUCUUGGUUGUCUUUAGUAAUCUGUACAUUAUUAAUAAAUCAUUUUUCUAGCACUUUCUCUACUAUGGCAGCUUUUCCAAAGCCCUGUUCAUAAAUCAAGAAGUUUCUUUGCUGAAAUGUUUGUAUUGCAGAGUGCAUGUGCUACACUUUAUAUGGUGUUUUUGUAUUUAAUGAAUAAUUCACGCUGCAUUGCCUGACUGUGUAUCAUAAAUAAUAUAUUGGCUUGAGAAAUUGCACUAUAAUUUUUCUACUUUGUCAGUAUUUGCCAAAGAGAAUAAGUAUAAUGUUAAAUGAAAAAUAAACUGAAUAC